AUGCGACCUUUACCUUCUUCCUCUUCUUGUUCCAAGUCGUCUUCUUCUUCUUCCCUCGCUUCCACAAGUUUGAGCAACAGACUUGAGACCAUCUUCACCAUUCUCUGUGACAUUGAGGUCUGCGUCAUCCAAGAUGGACCAGACGGAGAACUUCAGACAUGGCCUAAGGAGAAAUCGAAAGUGAGAGACAUGGCUCUGAGUUUCUCUCUGAUCACUUUCAUACUUCGUUCAUUCUCCGAGAUCAACAAGAGAAUCACCAUGCGAUCUUUAUCUUCUUCCUCAUCUUUACCUUCUUCCUCUUCUUGUUCUAAUUCUUCUUCUUCUUCGACACGUUUGAGCAACAGACUUGAGACGAUCUUCAAGAAAGCUUCUCAGCUUUCCAUUCUCUGUGACAUUGAGGUUUGCGUCAUCCAUUACGGAACAGGAGGAGAGCUUCAGACAUGGCCUAAGGAGAGAGAGAAAGUGAGAGACAUGGCUCUGAAGUAUAGUCAACUAAACGAAACCUUGAGACGCAAGAAAAGAGUUGAUCUUCAUGGGUUCUUGAACGAGCAAAAGCACAAGGGUUUGGAGAAUCUGAACCAGAAGAGGAUGACGACCAGUCUUGAGAAGAAGCCGGUGGAUGUGUUAAAGUAUCCAAUCUCUGAUCAUUACUCUCCCAACAAAAUCUCCAAACUGAUUCAGUCCUUAGAACUCAAUGUCUCUAAACUCCAAGAAAGGCUUCGCUUUGUUGACUCGCAGAAACUUCAGAGUUUAGCACCAUCCUCUCUGAAUCAUCAGACCCAAUCUUUGAACCCUAGCCAGUUCUCGCUGUUCAUGUAUAACCAUGGAAGUAAUACUCUCUCUCAGAUCCCAGUCUCUGUAUCAAAUCUCAAUCAGGAUUUCACAGCGUUACUUCAAGAAUCUCAGUUGAAGAAUCAGUUAAUGAAGCAAGAGCUCUGUGAUUAUGAUCAGAACAUAAACAUGAGUGACAUGUACAUCACCAACAACAGUUUUCAACAUCCUUGCGUCUCAAACAAAGAAACAGUACAAGAAUCUGUGAAUAACUUUGGGUCGAUGAAUCAGCUGAUGCAGAAGGAGUGUAAUGGUGGGGAUAAAAACUUGUUUACGAGUGAUAUUACCAACAGCAACCUUCCAGAUCAUAGUCUCUCAAACACAGUUUCAUAUGAGUUCUGUUCUGACACUUGUGGUAAUAACAUGGUCGGUAACACUAGCUUCUCUCAAGAUAUUAUAGAUAUGUCUUCAAGCUAUGAUUUUAACUUUGAUGAGAUGAGUCUACUUCAAACGACAUCAACUCUGCCAUCUCUCUCCACCAUUCCUGACAGCUACCUUCUUUCCAACAACUCGAGCUUUCUAUGA